AUGGAGAAUAUACAACAUAAGUCAAUCAAAGUAAAUGGCAUCACUAUGCACGUGGCUGAGAUCGGAGAAGGCCCUGCCGUGCUUUUCGUCCAUGGCUUCCCGGAGCUCUGGUACACAUGGCGUCACCAGAUGCUGUAUAUAUCCUCCAAAGGCUACCGUGCCAUCGCACCUGACCUUCGUGGCUUUGGAGAUUCGGAAGCACCGCCUUCCUCCACCAGCUACACGGCCUUCCACAUCGUCGGAGACCUGGUGUGCUUGCUUGACUCGUUGGGGCUGGACAAGGUUUUCCUAGUGGGUCACGACUGGGGUGCUAUAAUCUCAUGGAAUCCCUUGGUGAAACCUGUCCAGUUCAUGCGACAGACUUUUGGCGACGAUUUCUACAUCUGCAGGUUCCAGGAAAUAGGAUGGGAAGAAGAGUUUGCAAAAGUGGAUACAAAAAAACUAUUGGCGUCAUUUUAUUUCAAACGAAAUCCAAGCCCACCAAUGAUGCCUAAAGACUAUGCCAAGUUGUUUAAACCAGAUCAAACCAUGGUACCUUGUUGGUUUACGGAAGAAGACCUUGACUACUUUGCAUCCAAAUUUCAUGCCACGGGAUUUGCAGGACCAUUCAAUUACUACCGUUGUUUUGAUCUAAACUGGGAACUAUGUGCAGCAUGGACAGGAUCUAAAAUUGUAGUCCCAGUGAAAUUCAUAGUAGGAGACAUAGACAUAACGUAUAACUUUCCAGGAAUAAAAGAAUACAUUCAUGGCGGUGGAUUCAAGGAAUGGGUAACAGGACUGGAACAAGUGGUGGUCAUGGAAGGAGUUGGUCACUUCAUCAAUCAAGAGAAGCCACAAGAGAUCAACAACCAUAUUUAUGACUUCAUUACCAAGUUCUAAUUAAUUCAUAAGUGUAUGUAGGUGUGUUUUAUUAUAAUUUGGAUAUGAUUGAUGUAGCUACUCCAUAUGGUACUUUACUUUACAUGCAAGAGUUUUCACAUUAAAAUUUACCUUACUUUCAAAAGUUUUCACGUCAAAUGUUACUUUAUAAUCAAAAUCAUGCAAAUGACAUGUAUUCAAUUCAUGUUAUUACACUAUUACUUUUAAUUUCCAUUUUUUAUUGUACAUGUUAUCUGCUAGUUAACA